AUGGGUCUCAAGAACAAAGAUGGGGUGGAUAUUAAGGACGUGUGGCGCGAUGGGAUCCGGAGGUACCUUGGAAUGACGCUCAAUGGCUUCUCAAAUGUUUCCAUGGUGUACACUCCUCAUGCACCCUCGGCACUGGCCAACGGCCCCACCAUAAUCGAAGCGCAAGCUGACUUCAUUCUCACGGCGAUCAAGAAGCUCGAGUCCGAGGGGCCACCACUAUCGAACCCACCAAGGAAGCAGAAGACGGAUGGGACAAGAUGA